UCUCUGUCAGUUAUGCAGAGGGUCUCAGGGCGACUCACAUUAGAAAUCUAUGGUGCUCCGCUGCGGCCUGUUUGGAGACCACUGUUCAUUUCAUGGGCUAUCACUUUUUUUUAUCACCAGGCUGAUGCCGUCACGGCCAAUUAAUUAUUCAUGAUGUGCUAAUCCAGGACAAAAUAAAGUAACGUAAUUAAGACCGGUUCAAUUAAACAAGAGGGGAUCUGUGCUGGCUAAGUUGUUUAUCAAUAUAAGAUGAAGGCGCCAAACAGCUCCGUUCUUGAUUGACCCUGACUGUCUCUGUUCCCCGAACAUACUGGACUCUUUAUUUUAAAGCAUAUUUGUAAUGCUCUCUAAAUGAUCCUGCUGUCCCCUGCGUGCUUGAGAGAGUCUGGCAGAGGCAGCAGGUAUUGAGCAUGCCAGACGUUUGGCUCUUACUUAGGCAGUGAUCAUACUCACACAAAUACACAGCUGCUUACACACACAGGCACCUGUGCAAUCGUCUGUCCUUCUCCCAAACUGGCACAGGUGCAGCCAGCAUUUUGAUUGGCCAUGUGCUAAUGACUAAUAUAUUUGUGCCUAAUGCCAGUGUCAUAGCUCCUCAUAUUUAUCUCUCUCUGUCAUCAUCAUCAUCAUCCUCAUUUGGCAAACUGCUAUCACCUCACCCAAUGCCCACAAGUUUUUAAAUUCCAGUCACAGAGCAGCUACCUCCCUCUCUGGAGCCCAGCUCCAUCAGCCACAUCAUUAUAGAGAUUAUCCCAUGUCUUUUAUUAAAUGGCGGUUAAUGUAUCACCAAUAAAGAUGAAUGAGGGGAGCUGAGAGACUCUAAUUGGAGGGACAUGAUGUCUGACUCAGUGUCGGCAACUACUUCUGCAGUGCCAAACUCUUUAUGAGUCGCCAUCAUGGGCCUCACUGUGUGUGGCUGCACAAGCAGAUGCUCGUGUCAAGUAUUUUUAUGUUUUGUAGCCUUUGUUGGUGUUGGGAUGUUAGACAGCACACAAUGUACAUUGGCUAGGGACAGUUCAGAACUGGUCAGUUAGCUUUUUAAUCAAGUCAUUUGAAUGUCAAAGGUGGACAGGAAGCAUAAUUUUGAAUGAACUGAUCAAAAAUAUUUGUGUGGCAGUCUGGGAAAACCCAUCAGAUGUCACUGUGGCUGAAUUCUGGUUUUGGUGAAUCAGGAUUUGGCCCAACUGAGGGGCCCAAACAUGUUUCAGUAUGACAAAGCGAGCUCCAUGAAAGUUUGCCAAGGUUGGAACGGAAGAACUCGAGUGGCCUGCACAGAGCUCUGACCUCAACCCCACUCAACACCUUUGAGAUAAACUGGAUCACCAACUAUGUGCCAGACCUUCUCACUGACAUCAAUGUCUGACCUCACUAAUGCUCCUGUGGUCGAAUGAGCACAACUCCGCACAGCCACACUCCAAAAUCUAGUAGAAAGCUUUCUCAGAAGUAUGUAUGUGAUCAUCGGGUGUCCACAUACUUUUGGCCAUAUAGUGUUUAAUUCACCAAACCGAUAUGGAAAUAUUUUCCUUUCUAUUUAAUAAUGUUUAGCCUAAUAUGUCUAGGCUAACUGGUUUCCUCCCCCAGUCCAAAGAUAUGCAUUGUUGGCUGAUUGGCAUGUCUAUAGUGUGUGUGAGAGUGUGUGUGCGAUUGUGCCCAGGUUGUCUUCUGCCUCGUCCCAUGGGAUAGGCUCCAGGCUCCCCACGACCCUGUGUAGGAUAAAUGGUACAGAAAAUGGAUGGAUGGAUGGAUGGUUUAAUUGACUUCACAUUUCUAAGAAUUUCAUUAAAUUAACCUCAAUUUUGGAGUAACCCAAGCUAUGAUUUAUUUUGACACUUUUUAUUGUAGAAUGGUAUUAAGUUGAGCACGUUCGCCUCACACCUCCAGGGUCGGGGGUUCGAUUCCUGUCAUGGCCCUGUGUGUGUGGAGUUUGCAUGUUCUCCCCGUGCUGCGGGGGUUUCCUCCGGGUACUCUGGUUUCCUCCCCCAGUCAAAAGACAUGCAUGAUAGGCAGACUGGCAUGUCCAGUGUGUCCGUAGUGUAUGAAUGGGUGUGUGAAUGUGUAUGUGAUUGUGCCCUGCGAUGGAUUGGCAGCCUGUCCAAGGUGUACCCCACCUCAUGCCCAAUGCUCCCUGGCAUAGGCUCCAGGUUCCCCUGUGACCGUGAAAAGGAUUAAGCGGUAUAGAAGAUGGAUGGGUGGAUGGAUGGUAUUAAGUUGUCCAUUUAACAGGUGGUGUGAUUGUUUCAGUGAUUCUUUGGUUGGAAUGAUAAUUUGGGUGCCUUUUAUUUUAUUUUAUUUUAUUUUAUUUUUUAUUUAAACACACGAGGAAACAUACCGAGCAGGAGUGGAACAAGCUUAUUUUAGACUUAAUUUUGACUUGGUCCUCUCCACAUUUCUUUAGCUCAACAUGGACACUGAGGCACAUCAUUUUGCUUUGGGUUCACUUGAAUGCCUCAGCUGUGGGAUCUGCAGAGUCUUAUUGGAGCAGACUCGGGCUGCAGGACAGGUGAGCUACUGAGGAGCAGAUUAGACCAGUGCCGCAGUGCUGCACAGCAACUAUCCAGGUCACACUUCUGCCCCUUUUCCUCGCUCUAUCAACACACAGCCAGGGCUAAGGGGAAUUUUGCAAGAUACUUCUAUUUGCUCAGAGAAUUUAAAACUGACACAAACUUUUGUAUCCUGUUAUACAAUAUUUCUUUACUAUUAAACUCAAGCAUCAGUCUUUUGCUGAGAUAAAGCAGGCAAUUAUUUGCCUUAGGUAACCAAAAGAAUAAGGUAACUUUUUGUUAGCUGUGUUUUUUGAUGUUCUUUGUAUUUCUGUGUCUCUUUUACUGCGGAGAGAGAAACUCGUCAAUGAAGUAACAUGAAAACAAGUCAGCACUCGAUAGUCCAUCUGAGUCAAACAAUGACAUGAAAAAGAACCGUGUAAAGGAAGUGCCAUCCAAAGUUCUGCAUCAGUUGCUUUUCAAUUACGGCAGAUGAAGCAGAACGGAAUUGUUAGUGCCGUUUAUCGAAUGUGCACCUCUCCGUAUUAAAGCACAAGUCAAGGAAUUUGUUUCUGUGUACAACAACCUGUCUGUGAGAUCCCUUUUAUUGUCAGGUAGCUUGUGUGAGUUUAUUAGAAACAAGGAAGGGAUAAAAAGAGAAAGACACUGGCACACUUCAAGCACACACAUAAAGUCAGCGCCAGUCAUCCUGAAGAAUACCCCUCUCUCUCUCUCUCUCUCUCUCUCUCUCUCUCUGUGUGUGUAUUCUGGUGCAGAACAAAAGCAAUAGCUGAAUGAAUCGAUUAUGAUAAUGAGCGGUUGGUGUGAAGAGCGUUUUUCCACUGAGUGAAAUUGAGAUGAUGGAUUAUUGAAAAAAACAUUAACUGGGAUCUUUAUGCAUUGCUAGGUACCCUCUUUCUCUAGCACAAAGAAAUGCAGAUUUAUUUUAUCCUUUGACUAUUGGGCCUAUUCACAGGAACAUUUUAAAUUCCACAGUCUGCUGAAUUACAGUGACGACGAACAGUAAUUUCAACAUGCACUAGUAAAAAAGCCUGUUAUUUUAGUGUGCAUGAGGUAAUAGUAUUCUUCUGAAACCCCUCAAUCAAAAUAUGCAUGCUUUACUCCCUCUGAUUUGUGAGAAAUGUGUAUUAACAUAAUGACAAUACAGGUAGUAAAGCAAACCAAGUAUUACAGUAAGCAGUUAGUAAUGAAUGCAUCAUACUUCAUUCAGUCAUUCAUGUUAAAGUGAUUCAGUAACUACUACAACUUCAGAGGAAGGUUUGUAGUUAAAAGAGUGAGGACUAUAAGUGUUGACUCACCUAUAGAUUGUAAGAAGUCCAUAGAUUACACUGUAUAGAUAAUGACCAUGUAGUAAACCACCACCUGACUACCUUGCAUGUUGAUGACCAAACAGACAGUCAUUUAGACUGUUAAUUCAGAGCUAAUGGUGUGAAUUACUAUACAGCAGGGUUUCUCAAACUUUUUGAGAGCAGGGUCCACUUUAAACAAUACUGUCUCAGUAUACAGUACAGUACAGUACAGUUCUUUUAUGAACAUGUACGAUACAUAUAUUCAAAUAUUAUACUCAUUAAAAUUAAACUAGCCAAAGCCAAACUACUUUCGCUGGUAUGGUACCAUUUAAGGGUGCAUGUUUUGCACCUUUAGUAUGUCUCGUUCACCUUAAUAAUAAUUGAAGAACAUUGAUGUAGACCUACCUUUAAAAGCUAAUUAAAGAUACACCACAUGAACCUUUGUAGGUCAAAGCUACAUACGAAAGGUACGAAGCAUGCAUCUUUGACAGUACCACCCCAGCGAAAAGAAAAAGUAGUUUGCUACCUUUAUUUCUGAGAGUGUAUUUAUUUACUGAAUACAUUCACACAACACAUAUUUAUUAAAUGGUAAUUAGAUUUAAAUGUGUAGUUCUGUUUACAAUAUUAACAGGGCUACUUGAGUUUGAGUUGUGGAGGUUCGGAUUAAACCCAUUUGAAUCAACUGCCCAGUCAAACGAGUUAUUAACUAUAAGGGGAAUAUGUGUGUGUGUGUAUGUUACUUUUCUAUCACUUUAAGGAAAUUAAUUAAUAUAAUUGUAUUUCAUUUAUUUAUUUUAAAAGAAAGAAAGAAUACUAUGUCUAGCAAUGAACCGCAAAACAGAGAGUAAUAAUCAACAGGGUUUGCUGAUCCUCUGUGAGCAGCUCUGUGGUGAUUAGUCGGGUCUAAGUAAGAGGGGGCGCUGUGCACCAGGCAGAACUAGUCGAUCCCAGAGGCAUUUCCCUUUGUGUUUAUAUUUUUAAUUCUUUUAGAGGGAAACUGAACCAUACCCAAAGUGCUGGACCAAAGAGAAAUAAUGUAUGCUUUUGUGAGGUUUUUGGAGGACGACUCGUGCUGCGCUUUACCCGUUGCGAAUGUGAGAGAUUUGAGACCAGUGCACAAAAGAGAUUUUGAUGAGCAGAAGGUGUAUGUGGUGCUCAGAGGUGAGGAGAAUGGUACAGGCCAGCCGGCCAAGGCGCACAUUCUCGGUCUGGCAGAUAGCAUUGAAGAACUGGACAACAGUAUUAUGCAAAAGAAGAUGAAAAUUCCUAAAAUGACUACCAGGAAUGCAGGACACGCCAUAGAGAAUCACUUUGGUGAAGAAAGAAUGCCACUCCGACAUAAAAAGGUCCAGUGUCAGGAGCAGCAACGGGCCUCUAACUCCUCCAAGAGCCUUGCAGCUGUGGUGGCACGUCUGGAAAGAAACGCAGUGAGCUCGUAUGCCGAGGGCGAGGAGCUGCGUGAGGAGGAGGAACCGGAGGAGGAAGAAGCUGUGGUGCCCCGCGUCCUCUAUGAGGAGCUGGUGCACAGCUACAGGCAACAGGAGGAGGAGGUUCGGCGGCUGCAGCAAGAGCUGGACCGAACACGCAGACAGCUGCUGCAGCAGGCCAAGAAGCUCAAGGAGCACAGCAGCCUGCUGACAGAGGUCAAGGAACUGCGGGACUUCAACCGCCGCCUGCAGGACGUGCUGCUCAUGAGGCUGGGUAGCGAACCAAUGCACGACAAUGGCACGCAGACAAUCAAAGCCGAGGUGGUGGAGCCAAUACCUGAACCACAGGAAAUGUGCAGAGAGGAGGCCAACACUAGCUCCACCCACUCCCCUUCCCCAAGGACCGUCUAUACCUUCAGUGAUGGAAAAGUACAUCUGGGUGGGGGCAUCUGGGUGGAGGAGGAUAAGUGGCAUCAGCUGCAGCGUACACAAGGUGACUCCAAAUUCACCAAAAACCUGGCCGUUAUGAUCUGGGGCACUGAGACGCUGAAAAACCGCAGUGUUACUGGCGUCGCAACAAAGAAGAAGAAAGACGCUCUGCCUAAACCGCCUCUCUCACCAAGCAAACUCAAAAUCGUACGAGAGUGUCUGUAUGACCGCGUGUCUCAGGAAACAGCCGACAGUGCUGAGAUCACUCAGCGGCUAUCCAAAGUGAACAAAUACAUCUGUGAAAAGAUUAUGGAUAUCAACAAAUCCAUCAAGAAUGAAGAGAGGAGAGAGUCCAAGCUCCUCAUCCGGCAGACGGUAAAGAUGGAGAACUUGUACGAUGGCAUGUAGGACCUGCGAUGUUGACGUCAUAGACUGCUGCUGCCAGAAGAGGUUACAUGUGAUCACCUGUGCUGCCAUUUUGGAUUUUCACUGAAGCCCACAGCGAGGCCUUUUUUGUUUUUGUUUUUUUGUUUGUUUGUUUGUUCUUUUUCACAUUUUACUAUCCCAUCUCUGAGGCUAUAAGGCAGUUUUACCCACAAUCCACACAGCCUACCGUGAGCGGAGUUUGUUGGUUUAUGUGCUGUAAAUAAACCGUGGGUUUGGUUAAGGGGGGAUUAUAUGGUUUGAUUGUGGAAUAUUGAGAGGGGGGGCUAUGUGGUGGUUAAUCAGUCAUUGUUUUUGACAGGAGAGAUCCUUUAAAUCACAUUAGAUAACAAUGUGUAAGGCACAUCGGCUGGUGUUCUGUGUCAGAACGUCCUAAUGUCUACGUCGAGAGUGAAGACUUCUCUUGAAAAGAACUGUUCUGUUUUAAGGAGAAUGUUCUUAAACCCAUAAAUGCUGAGUUUGAGUGUGGAAAUUUGCAGACCUCCUCAUGUGUCUGUCAUUGAUGUGAGAGACGUAAAAACACUCCUUUUAACAGGGUUUGCCCUUGCAGUGUCUUAAUUAUUAUUAUUUUUUAAAUCAUUUAAUUAACGGAUCCCUCAAGACCCAGUUGUUAAGACAAUUCGAAUCAGUUUAUUCUUGUUCUCGAUAUAUAUUGAGGAAUUGAACGUUCAUCUAUUUCCCUCAGUAAGAUUUGAUGAUAGUGCUAAUGGCACAGUAUGUUCUCAGACAAGCUCUCUUUGUUUCUCAGCAGAGUGGUCAUGUUGAGCUUUCAGGUUGCAUUAGUAAAUUUGCAUUUACAUAAAUGUUUACAUAUCAACAACAUGCAUGUCUCCUGCUUUUUCCGAUGAUGUAUCUGAACAUUUUUGCAAAUAAGUAGAUUCAGCAUCUCAUGUAACUGUGAUUUUAAGUUGGAUUAGAGAGUUGUUGAUGUAUUCACCAGCCCAGUUGUUUAGAACCAUUGUAUAGUUAAGUUGAGCAACGAGGACUGGGCAGGGAUUUUACACUUUUGAUAUGGCAAUCACUUGGAACUGUUGUGUGUGUAAUUUUUUAUAGCAAGCUGUGAUUGUAAUAUGAGCUGGUAUUGCUUAACCUGCACUUUGGUGUGUAAGUUUGGUAAAAUGGCAGAAACAGUGUGUGGAUGUGGGUAAAGCUGUCGGCAGCGAUCGGUGUUACACAUGUUGGUAUUUUGUUUUUGUUUUUCUUCAAAACCACCAAACGGCAUCCCCAGAGGACGACUGGGUCCUCGGAAGCUCCUUCAGGGGGAGAAAUUAAGAGGGGGUGAUUUUAAAGUGACAACUUCCAGUGAGCCAUGCCAUCCAUCCUUUUGCCUCCUUUUUCAAGCUUUCCCCCAAUUCACCAUCUCAUAUCUUUUGCAUUUCACAAAAUGGUUCAUGCAUUUAAAAAAAGAAAAGAAAAAGCGCCUGCUUGCUGCAGGUUUGAGUUCUUAACUGUGAUGGCAUACUGCUAACUGUGAAUCAACCUCGAAUCUGCCUCUCAGCCAUUCCUGUCUCAUCACUUUUACUUUCCUGUCUUUGUUGCUUUUCUGUGUUUGUUUUUUUUUUUCCUCUUAUCACAUACAUGUACGUGUUUUGGGUUUUGUUUUUUUGUUUUUUCUAGCGGAGAGAUUUUAUUGUAUAUUUGGAUCUUGACGAUCUAUAUCCAGGCUGCACCUUAUUCUGCUUAGUCUCUAACUUGAAACAAGUAAUCAUCACGUAUCCAUAUGCUUCCCAUUUUUUCCCCAUGCCUGUUCAUGCCUAGUUUUUUUUUCCACUUUUCUUUUCAGUCUUCACUUUGCUCGUCACAAAUGCAUUAUCUCUUAAUGGAAUGCUGUCAAAGAAGCAAACUCCAUUUUAAAUUAUAAUAGCUCAUUUACACUCGUCAGUUAUCACAGUGCUCCUCCGAUCACGUCACUGUGAGCCAUUUGUAAAAGGAGUAUCACUUCAGCUUUUGUUCCGUUUUCUGGAAGUGUGCUUAUAAUUGAAACAGAUGUAGUCACCAUAUACAACAGCACUUUAAUCUUAAGAAAGGCCAUGUCAUAAUGAUGGGCAAAUAUGGAUCUUAAUGGUGAUAUUAAGGUUUUGUUUUGUACCCACCCCACCCCCUGCAAAUGGCUAUUCAGAAAACUUAGCACUUUUUUACAACUCCAAAGUUGAAAAAGAUCCCAUUUAUGCUUCAUGGCUAUGUCUGUGUAAGAAACAUUUACUUUAAUUGUAACUUACCUCUAAUAUGUUGGUGUAAUAAUGACAGAAUAGACCGUUAUUGUAUGGUUUAUGGUUCAAGGUUAUGUUUUUCUGUGAACUUUCUUUCCUGUGUGUGUCGAUGUGUUGUAUGCUGUGUGCUGUAUGUUGCCCCACUAACUGAAUAUGUGCUAUAUAUAAUAAUGGCUCUGUGGGUACACUGGAAAACACCAGCUUUAAUUUGACUGAUGUUGAACGAUAGCCAAAAGAAACUGACAAUCCUCAUGAUCAUCCUUUCAUAUUGAGAUUUGUCAGCUGUAAUGUUGCCUUGAAAAGCAGUAAUUCCUCUAUGAUAGCCAGUCACUCCGAGUGAACAGCUUUCACAUGCAAUAUGGCUGACAAACGUAACGUCCCUUCAGUUGUGAACCCUACCAGGGAAAAUUGUGACUGUGAAAUGUACAAAUAUGCUAUAUAUUGCCAUGAGAAACUGUAUUCAUAAGACGCUUACAAGCUCCAAAAGCAAACCGGUACACCUCUCGAAGAUAACGGUCCUCUGGUCCGCACUAGUGAACUUCAUCCGUCGUCAUGUUUGUGUUCAUGCUUUUGAGUGACAUCACUGCGGUGCUUAAGCUUUGAGCUGCUUAACUCUCUAAAGAUCCAAAACAAUCUGGAUGCCAAGAAGAGCAGUAUACAGUGUCUAUGCGGAACCAUCAGGCCAAUUCUUGGAGAUAAUGAAACCAGGAACUUCUUUUUUUUUUUUUUUUUUUUUUUUUUUUUUUUUUAAAUGUAUCUUUUAGUAGAGUUUCUAUGCUGUAUAUGAAUGUGUGUAGGUGUCGGGUACUCUAAAGCUCAUCGGGUGGUGGAUUCAAUAUAAGCCAAAGUGGAAUAGUGAUCAUUCAGCUUGAUAUGAACUUGCACAGAAUUGGCCCAUGCCAAGGUCCAGAGUCAUCCAAGCUCAAAAAAGAGGCUAAAUAUAGUUUUUGUUUUAAAAAAAAAAAAAAGAAAAAAAAAGAGGUUUUGCUUUACUCAAGAUUCUAUUUAGCUUGUAUUAGUGCUUCUGCACUUAAUUUCAUGUUAGAAGAGCAUUAAGCUUUCAGUGGUAUAGAUGUGCAUACUGUUCUUUCAAGCAGUUUUUUUUUUUCAUUUAAUCAUUAAUUAUUCUUUCUUUGAUUUUGUUUUUAAUGCCAAAAAGGGGGAAGAGUGAGAAUAGUUAGGAAAGGUUGGUCUACAUGUGUAGAGUAGUAAGGAUUUGGCCUCCUUUUUAAAGCCACAUACACAGAUUCUGAGUCAAAUGCUGAGGACCCAUCAAACAUAGACAAAGCUGCCCAGUCCUCCACUCAAGCUCUUCCUGCCAGCACCAUGUCAUUAUUUCCUGUUCAGACUCAUCCUAGCAGGAUACAGGUCUUCGCUCAUGUCACUGUUAUUCAGGGCCAAGCUCAGAGCAGUUCAGUUGCAACUCAGCUUUACCGUGAUUUAACAAAAAAAACAAACAAAAUAAAGUAUUUUUUUAUAAAAUCAGGACAUUUGUGGCAGUAAUGAAAUGUGUACUGUCUGAAUCCUACCUCAUGGCUUAUCAUGUCACUUUAGUUAUGUGCUCCAUUCAUAGCACCUCACUCUACACGGGCACAGAUUUGUAAAUAAAUCAGUCUGUAUUGUAGAUUUUUAAAAUCAUAAAGCUGAUUUCUGCUUCUUCUUUUUUUAAAAAAAAAAAAAACGGUAUAUAUUCAAUAUGAACCUCCUUUAAGGCUGCGUGGUUUGUAUAGGAGUGAGUCUUUCUUUCUAAUUCUGUGGUUCUGUCGGUGUCGUUUGUGCUGUAAAUCUUUUGUUUUUGGUUUUGUUUGUUUUUUCCCCCGUAUGGUUUUGUAUUUUUCUGGUUGAUGGUGCUACCAGCACACGUGUCAUUUACCUCAGAUGGUGCUACUUUUUUACUGUGGUGGAUGUCAGUCAGUGUCACAUGAUCAAAAACCAGUAGUUUUCUUGUUUUAUUUGAUAUGAAAUGAAAUCAGGACAGACAUGUCUUGCUAGUCAGACCACACAUGCCAUAACGUUUUUGUUUCAUAUUUGUAGACAUUUCUGUGUAGAGUACUGUUCAUCAGGUGUCGAUGGAUAACUGUGUAACAGUGUGUAGUUUCAUUAACAGCUAAAUCAAAUGCUGUAGGGAGCUUAUUAAUCCCCACAGGCAAUCUACCUGAAUGGUACUGGGCAGUGUACCGUGGUCCUCAGCAGUGAACCUAUCCAGCUCCACUGUAGUUACCAUCAAAACAGCAAGAAAUGAUAUAUUUAGAAAAUAUUUUAGAUUUUGCAGUACAGUAAAGUGUAUUUUAAAGAGUUUAUAUAACUUGCCAAAGUGGUUUUCUCCCAAAUACAGUUUAUUUGCAAUGUCUCUUAAAAUCUUCAACUAUUUGAAGGCAAAAAUGAUCAAUUCUCUAUUAAUAAAACAGCUAGAUAUUUCUAAAUAUCAA